AUGGCUCAAGCGUGUCAGCGACUGGAGAAGGCCCACAGGUUGAAGGAAGAGCUGAGCUGCAUGCUGGUGGGCGAUGGAGCUGUGGGGAAGAGCAGCAUGAUCAUCAGCUACAUCUUCAACGGUUACAACAGCGACUACAGGCAGACGGCUUUUGACGUUUUCACCGGUUCGGUUCAUGUCAAUGGAUUACAAACGCGCCUCAAGCUGAUAGACACAGCAGGACAGGAGGAGUUUGGCCAUCUUCGCUCCCUGUGCUAUGCCCAUGUGGACGUCUUCAUGCUCUGCUUCAGCCUGGUCAACCCGGCCUCCUUCCACAACGUCACCUCCAAGUGGAUCCCGCAGAUCCGAGCGAGAAACCCGAGGUCUCCCAUCAUUCUGGUGGGAACCCAGUCGGACCUGCGGCAGAACGUCGAGGUGCUCAUUCAUCUGGACAGAGGGCGCAGCAGACCGGUGAGCUGUAAACAAGGCAGGAAGCUCGCUCGCAGGAUCGGCGCUUGCGACUACGUGGAAUGCUCCGCUCUCACCCAACACAACUUGAAGGAUGUGUUUGACUGUGCAAUAUCUGCCGCCAUCCGACUGAAGCGCUCUGGAGCUAAACAGCACAGGCUCGACCUCGUCAAGCGUUUCAAGACUUUUUGCGACGGCGGCUGGAGAAAACUGCUCAACAUGCAAUAA